AUGUCUACACAACAAGAGAGCCUACAGGCUAUCAACAACAAGACGCUGGGCACGUCCGCCGACGCCUUCCCCGUGGUCACACUGCCCAACGGCGACAAGGUUCCGACCGGCACGGUCGGUGCGCUGCUCGUCAACAUUCGGGCCUACGACGACGCCGCCGCCGCCGGUGACGCCACCGCGCAGGACACGCUCGCGGCGGCGAUCCGGGCCGCGGUGCCGGUGCUGCAAAAGGUCGGCAUGUUUGAGCUCUUUCAUCCUGAAGAGUGGAUGUCGGACAGGAGCAAGGGCAGGUCACUGGUAGGAGAGCUGGCCAUGGAGGAGAAGCACUAA